UUGGCGGUGAGGGGAAAAUGGCUACCUCUACUUGGCUGCAUGGCACCGCCGCUAUGAGGCUCACAGAGGGUCUGGUGUCGGUUCUCAGGGAACAGCAUCCAGAGUAUCUGUCCGAUGUGUUGGCGAACUACAGGGAACAUGGCGUGUUUCUCAACCAGGGCGCGAGCGACGUCGCGGGGCUCGUGGGCUUCAGCAAUGCUAAACUGAGCUCCAGUAAAACCAGGUUCCAGGGGCUGUGCCUGCUAUCCAUGCUGGUUAAAGACAGUUCCAGUGAUCUGUUCCAGCAGCACUGUCUGUCCUGGCUGCGCUCAGUGCAGCAGGUCAUCCAGUCCAAGGCUCCGUGUCAGAGCAUCCAGCUGGCGGUCAGCAUCCUGCAGGACCUGCUGCAGUACUCAUGUCAGCUACCAGAGCUGGCCAGGGAGGUCGGCCUCAACUCCAUCCUCGGCAUCUUGACGUCACUCCUGGGCCUGAAAACCGAGUGUGAGCUUGCAGCCAUGGAGGGGAUGAGAGCCUGUAUGGUCUACUACCCUAGAGCCUGCGGCUCCCUCAAGCACAAACUAGGAGCCUAUUUCCUCUCCAAAAUGGACAGCACAAGCAGGAAAACUCAAGAGAUGGCCUGUCAGGGCUACAGCCGCCUGCCCUGUCUAGGGGGUCUGGUCGACAGGUCGGUGGGUACCGGCAGAGCCGAAGGAUGGACCAAUCAAAUUCAGUGUCUGCUGGCCUCAGCCAAUGGCAUUCUGUCACAAUUCUACAAAGGUUCUGAAACAGAUGAAGCAGUUCAGUAUCGGGGUCCGGGCGUGGAGCUGCCCUUUCCUCAUCUCGAUCAAUCGGACCCGCUGCUCCUUCUGCAGCUGCAGCACAGAUACACAGCUGUCUGCCUGGCGCUGAAACACACACUUCGAGCGGAUCCUGCCUCAGCCGUAUAUCUGCCCGUCAGACCCAUCCUCAACCUGGUGUGCCGAGCGCUCGCUGUCAACCCCAGGAACACGAGUUUAACAUCAGACGGAAGCCUGAGGUUGCUGGUUCUUCCCAGUGUUCACAUCAACACUCUGGAGGUGCUGGCAGAGCUCAUCACAGUAGUGCGCAGCGGCAUGGUGCAGUACGCUGCUGUAAUACAGAAGCUGUUUUCUCAGAUGCUGUGCGCCUGGGCGGCUGUACCUGAAGCUAACGUUGGUCAGCAGAGAGCUUACAGCUCGCUUCGGGUCUCUGUGUACAGAACCUUAGAGCUGUGGCUGCAGCUUGUUGGAGUUUCAGCUAACGUCCUCCAGGGAGCUUCCAGCCACGCAGAGCUGCUGUUCACCCACCUGCUGGCCGACAUCACGCCCGGAGCAGAAUCUAUCAAGCUGCGGGCGGGGCUGUCGGCCGAUGUGGUUCCUGGAGGGAAGCCCGGCCCUCGCAGGACGAAGCAGCUGGUCAUGGCCGACCCGGUGGGGGCAUCGGUCCAGAGGAAAGGAGACCCGGUCUCCAACCAGGACACCUGCCUGUCAGCCCUGAAAGUUCUCAGACGCAUCAUACAGACCAGUGGGACGCUUCUAAAGAACGACAUACACAAACGCCUCCAUGAGGUGGUGCUGCCGCUGUGUGUGCGCCUCCAGCAGCAGCAGACGAGCAGCAUCACUGCAUGCGAGUCUGCAGGGGGCAUCAGUGGGCAGUACAGCAGCGCCCUGACCCGCCGUCAACUCUACAGGUUGCUGCUGGCCCUGGUUCUCGUCCCGUCUCCAUGCUGGCCUCCGCCUCUUACCUGCGCUGUGUCCAUCCUCAGCAACGGCCGCCUGGACCGCAACCUCAAGGUUUCGUCUUUCUGUUCCGAGGCUCUGACCAUCUGUAACUCCCUCCUCCACCCUCGUACGCCAUCCAUCGCCCUCCCGCUGCCCCCGCUUGCCCUGAAGCCCCCCCCCACUGCCUCUGUCCUGUCCGGCCCGGGCCCCACCCCCAGGUUGUCACUGCCUACCCUGCUAGGUGGCCCCGCACCUGGGCCGCCCUUCCCCGGACGACACCCGCUCAGCCUGGGCUCCAACUCUCUGCUGGGCUCUUUGGAGAACCAUCUGUCCCUGGUUCCAGGGAUGCCGGGCCCCGCCUCGGCCCCUGGAGACCUCCUGCUGUCUCCCCACGGCCAGCCACAGCCAGACCCGGCUGGGCUGGGGCCCCUGGACGGCCAGAGGCCUGUGUUUGUCCGCUAUGACAAAGAAGAGGCAGAGGAUGUGGAGAUCUCUCUGGCCAGCGACUCAGACGACAGUGUGGUCAUCGUCCCUCCAGGCAUGCUGGGAACCGACAGCCAGCUGGACGAUCCGGCCCCUGGCUCCCAGAACCUGCUGUCUGCUGCGGCGGGGGCCAGUGUCCCCCUGCCAGGGGGAGACACUGUCACCAUGGUUCCCAGCACAGCAGCUCCAGCCUCGUUGGACGUGACGUCGCUGCCCAACGAUCUGGUCCCCACCUCCAGCACCCCCGCCAACUCCUUCCCUCCCUCCAGCGGCUCAGUGGUCUCCCUGGUGACGUCGCUGACCCCCGGCUCCGCCCCCCCUCCCGCCGGGGGCCUGGCGGACCCUGUGGCAGUCAAGCCUCAGUUGCAGCAGAUGCUGCUGCAGCCCCCGGGGCCUCAGGGGCCCCCUGGCUCCAUGGCCCUGCAGGUGCAGCUGCAGAACCAGCUGGCCCAGCAGGGCCGCCACCUCCACCAGCACCCUCCCCCAGUUCCACCCAGCAACCAGGACUCAGCCGUCAUCAACAUAAACAGCACCGAUGAUGAGGACGAAGACGAAGAGGACAUGGAGGACGAUGAAGAGCUGGAGGAGGAGGAGGAUGGUCUUGAUGAGGAGGAGGAAGAGGAGGAAGGCAGUGAAGACUUUUAUGAGGGGGAGGACUAUGAAGACUUUGAUGAUGAGGAGGCUGAAGAGCUGGAAGAGGAAGAGGAGGAUGAAGAUGGGGACAUUCCUCCUCUGGAGGGAUCAGAGGACAAGUCAGAGGAGGUGACCAUGGAGGAGGAAGAGGAGGAGAAGGUUCUGGGAGCAGAAGAGGAAGAGGGGGAGGGGGUGGGGUUUAACCCAGAGGGGGGCAUAGAGGAGCUGCAGAGCAGCAGAGCUCUGUUUGGAGAGGAGAGGAUGAAGGUCCAGGAGGUGGAGAGCAUCGGAGUUCUGGAAAAGGCAAGGGACGGGGACGAGGCGGGGGACAGGGGGGACGGGGAGGACAACAGUGAGCGCAUGGACGACCCCAGUAUGCCUCAGAUCCUGUGUGUUACUGGAGGAGCGCUGGAGGAGAGGGCCGACAGCAGCCAGGAGGCUGCACAGGCAGCAGGGGAGCUUCAGGACCAGCUCACGCUGUGGGACCAGAACCACCAGCAGAACCCGCCCACCGGGGCCUCAGAGGAGGAGCCCACCGCUCACAGUCAGCAGGAGCCUGUGGCUGAACGUGAACAGGAAGCUGGCGCGACAGAAGAGGUGGCGCUGGAGGCGGAGCUUCAGGAGGAGGAAGAGCCAGUCGUUGUGCAGGAGGAAGCUGCAGCAGGAGCAUCGGGAGGCGAGGAGACCCCUGCUGCUCCUCAUGAUCCUCAGCAGGAUCAGGCCGACGCGCAGCAAGGAUAUGGAACGCAAGCAGAAUGGACGAAACCCGAAGGAGAACGAGGAGAAAAAGAGGAGAGUAAUGCUGAGGAGGAGAAAGGGAUGAAGCGGAAGAGAGAGGAGGAGGACGUAGAGGACGAAGCAGGACCAAGUCCUGAAAAGAAAAAGCAGGACGACGAAGCGAUGGCCUCCAUGUUGGCAGAUUUUAUUGCCUGUCCACCUGAUGAGGAAGAUGUUGCCUCAGGAUCCAACCAAUCAUAAACAAACCGAGUGGACCAUCAUGGACAUUCGCUCGGUUUUCAACACUGAAUGACCUCAGAACAGAAUCGAUUGUCUCCAGUUGUCGCUGAGUAAGCAGGUGGAAAGUGUUGUGCUCCGUUGUGUUGGACAUGGAAACAUGGAGGCUUCCUGUUACCACCCUGGAUCUGACCAGAACUGUGUUGACAGAGUUAGAGGAGCAUCGCCGUUUCUCUGGGAAACAGUGAAGCCAAGAAAUGUUCGUCAAAAGUCUGCUUCUCUCUACAGUCGUCAUCCUGCAGGAAAUGUCCUCUUUGGUUUGUGCACCGUUUUUGAAUUGUUUUCUGUCUGUAAUGUUUUCUUACAUUAAAGUAUUAAAUAUCUGUCAUGGAUAUGUACAUCA